AUGAACGUGGCGUGCGACGAGUGCGGCGAGACGUUCGUCGGCCGCAACGGGCUGCGGCACCACAAGACGAGAUACACGUCGUACCUGACGCACGUGCGGCGCCGGCACCCCGCCAUGAACGUGGCGUGCGACGAGUGCGGCGAGACGUUCGUCGGCCGCAACGGGCUGCGGCACCACAAGACGAGAUACACGUCGUACCUGACGCACGUGCGGCGCCGGCACCCCGCCAUGAACGUGGCGUGCGACGAGUGCGGCGAGACGUUCGUCGGCCGCAACGGGCUGCGGCACCACAAGACGAGAUACACGUCGUACCUGACGCACGUGCGGCGCCGGCACCCCGCCAUGAACGUGGCGUGCGACGAGUGCGGCGAGACGUUCGUCGGCCGCAACGGGCUGCGGCACCACAAGACGAGAUACACGUCGUACCUGACGCACGUGCGGCGCCGGCACCCCGCCAUGAACGUGGCGUGCGACGAGUGCGGCGAGACGUUCGUCGGCCGCAACGGGCUGCGGCACCACAAGACGAGAUACACGUCGUACCUGACGCACGUGCGGCGCCGGCACCCCGCCAUGAACGUGGCGUGCGACGAGUGCGGCGAGACGUUCGUCGGCCGCAACGGGCUGCGGCACCACAAGACGAGAUACACGUCGUACCUGACGCACGUGCGGCGCCGGCACCCCGCCAUGAACGUGGCGUGCGACGAGUGCGGCGAGACGUUCGUCGGCCGCAACGGGCUGCGGCACCACAAGACGAGAGUACACCGGCACACGCAACUAAAACCUCGUGCCACCAAAGUUCCGUGCUCCGACUGCUCGCAGAUGUUUAUCGAUCAAGCGUCAUACGACACGCACUACCAACGCAUCCACCUGAACAUCCGCAUGAAGGAGCCGCCGCGCGCACGCGCGAAAAACGCACGUGCGUUCAUUUGUGAACUCUGCGGCGCUGAGUGCUCCUCUGUGUCGAGCCUGUCGGCGCACCAGCGCGUCCACGCCGGCGCGCGUCCACACCAGUGCCCCGCCGCGGGCUGCGCGCGCCGCUUCGCCACGCUACACAAUAUGCAGCGACACCACCGAGUGGUGCACCUGGGGCGCCGGCCGCAGGUGGCGUGCGGCUUGUGCGGCAAGCUGCUGGCGCACGCCGCGUCGCUCAAGCUGCACGUCAACACCGUGCACCUCAAGCUGCCCGCGCCGCGCCGCCGAGACAAGGACGCGCGACUACAUACAUAA